GAGCUGUAUCCGGUUCACAGUGAAAUAAUUAUGCAGAAUUUAGAAUUUAUUGAUUUUACAUGAAAUCUUCGGUUCGUUUCCGAGCCGCGCCCUGACAGCGGUGGAGAAAGAAAGAAGGACAUUAAAUGUAUCGGGCAUUAUACGGGUAUAAAUCCAGUUUGUCGGAUUAUUUGAGUUUUGACGCCAGCGACCGUUUCACUCUUCUCGAUGCCGAGAAUCAGAAGUCGGAUCAACAAAAGGAGUGGCUACUAGCCCAAAACGGCAUCGGUGAACUCGGGUAUGUGCCUUAUAAUUACAUCGAAAAGUUGGACUGCACUCCGACAGAAGUUGUUAAAUUCAUUGACGGUUCCAUAGAAGCAAUACACCUACAGGCGGGGAGUGAAGGAGGGGGCGUUGUCUCGCAGAUUGACCGAUAUAACUUACAAAAACUGCUACAACAUCGAGCUUCAUACCUCGAAUCAGUGAAGCAUGACAAAUCCAUUGUUGAAAAGAGAGUCAAUAAAAGGCCAGCUCCAGAACCACCUGGUAACGAAGAUGGCAGACAAGUGGUGUCUCGAAGAACAAGUUCAGGCAAAAAGGCUCCACCCCCUCCUCCAACCAGGGACAGUUCACUAGGAUUAAAUGAUAGUAGUGUUGGCACCCAAAGCAGUCCCAGCACAGCCAGUUCCUGUGGGAGUCCGGGAGAAACAAUAACAGCUGUAAAUCAAACUGCAAAUGGCGUGGUCACUAUUCAAAAAGACACGCCAACGACACCGACUGGUACGAAAUUUAGGCCUAACUCAUUUGAAAUUGAAACAUCCCCUGUUUUAACACUGCCUCCUCCUUCCGGAUCACCAAACAUCUCAGAUCAUCCAAGCCCUUUGAUUCCUCCAGACAUAGGCCCAGAACUCAUAGAGGAGAUCCGAAUCAAUACCGGUCUCAGCUUUGACAAAUCUAAAAUUGCCCUUGAAACCGUGCUCGGAUAUAUUGGUUUCAAGAUCCCAGAGCUUUCUUCUAGUAUGGAUGAAAUAUUUAAAACUACCCACAAUCUCAAACAAUCAUCUGAAAUCGGCACAAGUCGAGACGCGAAACGUCUGGAAGUUAUUUUCUCGGAAUUAGCUGCCUGUAAAGAUGAUUCACAGCAGAGAAGUUGGGCACUCCACGAAGAUGAAGCAAUCAUUAAGGAAUAUAUUGAGGAACUGAAUUCUAUUUUAGAAAACGCCAAGAAGUCUAUUUGUCGGAAGGUGGUCGCGGAAGAGAAUUACGAAUGUAUUCAUAAUUUGGUGCAGUAUUAUCAAAUGGAGACUCGUCUGAGUAUCAGGCUCUUGCUGUUGAAAUCAUUUGGUGCUCUCUGUGGAUUGGAUAAGAUGGCUAUUACAAUGCUGCUGUGUUCUGUGCUUCCUUUGGAGCUAGCCCACGACAUCACAAACAAAUCUGACGAAGUCCAAAGACUCUCCUACGCUUCUUUAGUACUCAGUAUGAUCUUUUCCACUGGGGAACCUAUUCCCACAAAUCUUCACGAGCAUCUGAAUGGAGAUUUCAUAAGCUUUAUUCUAAGUCUGAUUGAGAAUCCGCCUACAGAUGAACAUGAGGAUCAAGCGACUGAUCUACUUGUGUCCCUCAUAUUAGCCUACAACUUACACAUGGAGACUGCUGGCAAAAAUCUGGUAAUGGAUGUGUUUGCUGAAAAGGGAACCGUUAAAAUAUUUACAGAGAAAGUAAUGCUACUGUUUAACCGUGGUGACGACCCAGUUAACAUCUUUGACCAUAAGCCAGAUGCACCAAAUUCUGUGAUCAAAUUCUUCCAAGAUCUGUACAGUGCCAAAAAGACUGCCAAUCUGUUGUACACAAAUGAUGCCAUGGUUUUGAUUGAUAUUUUGAUUAGACAGAUUUCGGAUCUACCUGCAGGCGAUGCCACAAGAUCAGCAUUUCUGAUUUUGACAAAUUAUCUGAUCAGAAAUUCCGAUUACGAAGAUCACCGACAUCGCAGUGUCGAACUAGGUGCUCUUUUCCGGUCUAUCGCGACUGAAGAAUCUGAUUGUGUUAGUGAUAAGAAAAUCGUUGUUGAACUUUUAAAAACCUAUGAGCACUUGUUUUAAUUUUAUUAACAUCAAAUCCACCCUCAGGACUAGCUAGCUCUUUUUAAUGCAUUAUUCUAUCGUUCACUGAUUCACCGAAAUAUGAUGUAUUUGUUGGGUUUUUUUUGUUAAUUUUUGAAAUAUAUAUUUUGUUGCAAAAUAUAUUUAAAGCUGCUGAUUUUCAUUUGUAUUUUUUUCGGACAAAAUUUAAUUUUUCAUGGCUUAAAGAUGCAUUAUGUAUGAGCUAAAUCUGCCUAUUGCAGAUUUUUCUUAAGGCCUGAAAUGUUAUAUACUGUAGAUUAUUAAUUAGACAUUUAUCAACAUGGCAAGACCGCAAUCAACUUUCUAGGCCCUUGAUUGUAUGAAAAAGCGCUUGUUUUGUUUUUUUUUUAGCUUGUUCUUGGUCCAUCUCUUGCAAAAUGUGGCUGUAACUUGCAUGGCAACUGCUUGUUAACUAUUAAAGCAAGAACUAUCAGCUCUUUAUCUAAAUAUUACAUAAUGCAUCUUUAAUCCAUGUUAAGAUAUACUCAGACUGAUUAUUUCACAUUAAAUUAAGAAAACAAAACCACAAUAUCAACAGUAGAUAACCAACACUUAUUUAUAGGUGGCACUGGUUUGUUUAAAUCAUCAGCAGAUGGUGCUGAUUUUUCAAUUUAUUAUAUAAAUAUGGAAAGGAGUAGGGUCGCCUGUCCAACCUCGUGGGUUUUCCCCGGGUCCUCCGGUUUCCUCCCACUGCUAAAGACCCCUACGCGCAAGCGAAUUAUUGAAAUAAAAUUGUACCAUAUGUUAGUCCCGAAAUGACCUAGUUUGUGUCGAGUGGACGUUAAACCCCAUUUCUCUCUCUCUCUCUAUAAAUAUGGAAAGCAAUUGGACCAUUUUUGGACUGAUACACCUUUAAGACUUUCAUAUAUGGUAAUUUGCAACAAUCUGAUUAAAACACAGAUCCUAUUUAGUUUCGUUUUUUAUAGUUCAAAAUUUCGUUUUACUUGUCUUUACUACACUAGGAUCUAGAAGUGUUGUUAUAUAACCUGCGUUCUGGUUGAUGUGAGGGAUUAGCCAUUGAAACUGUCUGUUACCGCAAGUUCUUGGCAUGCGCUGCAUGGAACUGUGGGUAUCCUACUAGAAAGAUCAAUGCUGAUUAAUUAAUCAAAUGUCUGAAGUGAUAGAUUCAAAAGGCGCUUUCAUGACACUUGACUCGACCUUCUACUACAACCUGCGUUCUGGUUGAUGUGAGGGAUUAGCCAUUGAAACGGUCUGUUACGAGUUCUUGACAUGCAGUGCAUGGAACUGUGGGUAUCCCACUAGAAAGAUCAAUGCUGAUUAGUUAAUCAAAUGUCUGAAGUGAUAAACUCAAAAGGCGCUUUCAUGACACUUGACUCGACCUUCCAUUACAAACAUUCAGAUCGUCAUGUAGUGGAAGCCAUUUAAAGUAUAAAAAACGAAACGAAAUAUAGAUCUGGGGCCCGUUUCACGAAAUUUUAACUAAAGAUAAAAUCCAAAUUUUAGUAGAUACUUGAAUUUUGAUUGGCUAAGCACUAAAAUCAAUCUAAUAUUAUCCAAUCAAAUUACUAAAAUUUGGAUUUUAUCUUAGUUAAAAUUUCGUGAAACAGGCCCCUGUAUUUUAAUCUGAUUGAGUUUGCAAGGAUUUGAAAAUUCCUCAAAUUAUGAUGAACAGCAGCUGUGUAUGUUGAUUGCAGACAUUAUUUACUUUGUUUUUUUCUGAAUGAAAAGUUUAUAAUUACAUAUAUGAUCCCAAAUUUAAUAUUUUAAAGCUUUAAGGAUAAUAUAUACUUUUUUUACUUGUUUUUUUUGUUUUCAGUCUUCUGUGAAUGGAAGGGUAUAUACAUGUAUUUAUAUUAAAUAAACUGGGUGGGGAUGGUCAAGUGGUCUCACACAUGGUAAAAGAUAAAAUACAAGAGCCUUUGCAGAUUUUACACUGUUUUUACAAGUUUUUUGUUUUGUUUCCAAUCUUGUGUGAAUGGAAGGUGUAUUUUACAUGUAUUUAUAUUCAGUUAACUGGGUGAGGAUGGUCACGUGGUCUAACACAUGGUAAAAGAUAAAAGCCAAGAGCCAUUGCAGAUUUUGUCAUAGGUCACAAGACAUAAAUAGGGUUAAGGCCUGUGAUUGUUGAUGAGAUUUAUGGUUAAGGUUUAGGGUUAGCCCUAGCCCUCACCCUAAUUCUUAUCCUAAACCUAAUCCUAUUUACAUCUCGUGACCUAUAAAUAAAUCUGCAGUGGCUUUUGGCUUUUAACUCUAACGUCUAACACAUGUUUUAGAUCAUAAAGUCUGUCAUUGACUCAAGUGGCAUGGUUUCGAUUCCUAGAUAUUGUACUAACAAGGAAUCGGGUCGGCUGCCCAACUGCAUUGGUUUUCUUCGGGUCCUCCUGUUCACUGCUAUAUUUUAGUCCGAAAUUACCUUAUUUUGUGGUGUGGAAUGAAGGCUAAACUCUCUCUCUCUCUCGAUCAAAUAAAAACUUAUUUUUUUUAGCAAACAUGAAGUGGGUUCUUGUAUUAAACAUAGAUACAUUCUGGAUUCAAAUAUAUAAUUAAACAUACAUUAUGGGAGAUAAGAUAAAGAGCUGCCAGUUCUCACUAUAAUAGUUGAAAACUAGAUAAUGUAAAGGUAAUUUGACUGAACCGAGAAUUAAGCGAUUGAAAUUUCGGUCUAGCCUCGAUCAUCAUUACUAAAGUCUGUGCGAUAAACAGCAUAGUCUCGAUUAUCCAUUUAAUCAUUAAAUUGUGAAGGAAAGUCGAGCAGCAAAUGGGAUCAUAAUCCAGUAAAUAUCGCAACCAUCCGAUGGCAUCGAGAGUUGAUUAUGGUCUGGAUAAGUUAGUUAAGGUCUAAUUAAUAAUUUAGAUAAAAUUUCAGACUUAAAGAAAGACCUGCAAUUGGCAGAUUUAGCUCUUGAAUAAUGUAUGUUAAAAUAGUACAUAUAUAGCAUAAUGUAUGUUUAAUAUUAUAUAUUAAUAGUACAUAUAUAGCAUAAUGUAUGUUUAAUAUUAUAUAUUAAUAGUACAUAUAUAGCAUAAUGAAAGGGUGUUGGGAUAAAGUAUAAUUAUUUAUAUUGUUAUUUAUUUGUUACUAAUAAUAGUUUCUACAUCUGUUGUUUGUAUGGCUGUGUUAAAAGGAAAUACAAUUCUUAACAUUC